UAAUCAAUAAUCUAAUAGAUAUUUUAUAACAAAUAAUUUCUUUGUUUAACUUUUAACUAUUCUAAUUAUGUUUUAUUUUAUUUAAAUUUAAAUGUAAUAUUUGAAGAAUUCGUUAUAGUAGUUCUUGGUUCGAUUGAUGGGUACAUCAACUCCACAUAAACCGGGAAAUCUCUUAUUGGUUUUUUUCCCAGCGCACUUGGAACCGGUUUUGCCGAUUUUGUACACCGGUUGUCCUAAGUAGUUUCCACCAGGCCCAUAAUUGCAGGCCAGUUUUAAAUUGUACCAUUUGUACGUACCGUCGUGGUGCGCGAAAUACGACAUGGCGCAUCCGAUUUCUUUGGUAUCGGCCCACACUAAUUGCGUGUAAUGGCCUAUCAUAGCAUCCCUAAAAAUAACAAAAAUAAGCGACCGAUUUUGUAGCAUUUAUAUUUACAUAUGUAUAUCGCAUACCUCUCUUCGUGCUUGUUGACCCACGAGGAACUAAAUUCUGCUACUUCAUCAUACCAUCCCAGGAUCAUUUUUUUUAUCAUCGAUAGUUUGUCCAGUUGGCUUGGAUCUGUGGAUCCCACGUAUGCUAAAUUUUGACCAACCCACGAAAAUUCAGCUAGAAAAUAUAAAUUUAUAAUUAGAAGCCAACUCGUGGAUGAAAAUUAAUUAAAAAUAAUUAAAACUUUAACCGCAAUCUUUUUAGAGUGAUAUGAGGAAAGGUUUUACAAAUGUUGUUUUUGUUUUCCAAAUUUCGAUCCAAACGAAAAAUUUUCAAUUUCAAAACUUUUUUUAAUGCUAUAUAGGUAAUUUAAAAUUUUAUAUAAUAUAGGAUUGCACGUCUAUGUGUUUCUAAAACGGUAAAACAUGAUUUUACGCUAUUAAUAAUAUUCAUUCUUUGGUAAAGUUUGAUUACUAAACAUUGCGUUAUUAAUGUAGUGGUUUUUUGUAUACAACAAUAAUUAGCGGUUUUUAGCAUCUAACGGUAUUUUUAAUUUAAGAACAUUGUGGAGUUACGGUUGAGUACCUAAGAAAUUAAUUUUUACUAUGACUUUUGACGAAUUAUGGGAUAUCUUGGAAGUAAGUUAAUCUUUUUAUUCGAAUCCCAUAAUUUCUGGUUCGUUGAACUGAAGCCAAAUAUUAUCAAUUAAAAAAUGAUUAAGCCAAGAACCACUAGCAAAAUACAAGUGUGUUACAACAAAUAAUUUUCAUUGUUACUAUUAUUACAUCAUUAUAUUCUUACUAAUUAUUAUUUAAAUUUUUUUAUGUCUAGUACCUAUACUGCUAAAAAAAUAUGACUUCACAUUUAAUUCGCUUCCAGAGGACGUUAUUUUUCGUGCAUUUCCCGCACUCGCGCUAUGUUAUUAACUUCUCUUCCGUUCUAAAAUUGUCGGUAACGGCGGAAAUGUUUUAAUUGUAAUUUAGAUUUAUUUACAACGCUCGACAAACUAGUUUAUUUUUUAAUUUUCUGCGACUCCUGGAGCUCCGAAAAAAAUGAGCAAAAGAAAUUACAGCUAUUACAUAAAAUGGAGACGCCACGAAAUCGACGAAGGGGUCAAAGAGAGAAUGACCCGACACAACCAAGUCGAUUUUGAUGAUGUGUUGGAAGAAAUUGGCGAAUUGGGACGUUAUCAAAUUGUUAUAUACAUUUUAGUUUGUUUGCCAGUAUUAUUUGGCGCUGCAAAUAGUUUAAGUUAUGUAUUUACGGCAGGAGUUCCUCAAUAUCGGUGUCUUAUUCCUGAAUGUGAAACGCCCGAUUCCGCCAAGUUCGAUGCUCCGUUUAUCAAAUUUGCAAUACCCCAUGAAACAGAGGGCAAAAGAGUCCUAGCUCUAAACACAGAAGCUUGCUCAAGGUACAAAACAAAGCCUAACGACGAUAGUUGUACACCAGAAGCAUUCACCAAGACCAUUGAACAAUGUUCGGAAUUUGUUUUCGAAGGCACAGAAAGGACCAUCGUCAACGAGUGGUUGCUUACUUGUUUGGAAAAUCAAUGGAAACUCGCUCUGGUCGGAUCAACGCAUUUUGCUGGUAUAAUUGUUGGUUCCUUCUUGUUCGGUGUACUAGCUGACAGAUAUGGUCGAAAAUUGUUGUUCAUAAUAGCCAUUUUCAUUAUGACUGUAGCUGGCAUAUUACAAGUGGUAUCGCCGAAUUAUUGGGUGUUUAUAUUUUUUCUUUUUUUGAACGCCGUGGGAACAUCUGGAAUUUUCCCUUUGGCUUUCAUCAUUGGUAUAGAAAUGGUCGGGAAAAGAAAACGGGAAUUCGCGGGAUUCGUGUUAAAUUAUUUCUACGCAAUAGGAGAAGCUCUUGUGGCGCCAAUUGCUUAUUUAGAGCCAAGGUGGAAGAAUAUACAACUAGUUGUCUCGGCACCAGCUGCAGUUUUUCUGGUAUAUUAUUGGUUCAUUCCGGAAUCCGUAAGAUGGCUCCUUGCUAGAGGAAAACUGACUAGAGCCAAAAAAAUUAUUCUUACCGCAGCUGAUUAUAAUAACGUCACGGUUACCGAUAACCUACUAGAUUCUCUGAAAGAAACCACAAACUUACAAAGUUUCAACGAUGAACAAAAAUCGGAAAAAAUAUUCCCGGUCGUCAAGUACAUAUGUUUAUCCAGGAAACUCGUCAUAAGAUUUCUAAUAGUAUACGUCAUAUGGAUCGUAAAUUCCUUCGUUUUCUACGGCCUCUCCAUAAACGCGACCGCUUUGAGUGGCAGCAAGUACAUCAAUUUCGCCUUGGUAACGCUCGUAGAAAUUCCUGGAUACACAUUGGCGUGGGUUUGCAUCCAGAAAAUGGGCAGGAGGUACUCGUUAAUCGGUUUCCUUCUACUGAGCGGCGUUACCUGUACAUUAACGAUUUUUGUACAGAAUACAAACUUGAAUUGGCUCGUUAUAAUGUUAUUUUUGAUUGGGAAAUUGGGCGUCACUGCGGCGUUUUCCACUACUUACGUUUAUACAGCUGAAAUGCUGCCCACUAUUGUUAGAAGCGGCGGCGUUGGUUCAAUGUCUACUAUUGGAAGAUUUGGGGCGUUGGUAGCACCGUUUGUUCCUUUACUGGGUCUUUAUUGGGCUCCGUUGCCGAUGUUAAUCUUCGGAUUUCUUGCGAUAGGCGCCGGACUUCUAGCUUUCAAGUUACCAGAAACUUACGGUUCCAAAUUACCAGAAACUGCCGAAGAAGCUGAACUUCUGUGAUUGUUAAUUACCUUAUUGAUAUUAUUGGAUAAAUCAUUGGUUUGAAUAUGAUCUGUGGUUGAAAUAAGAGUAAAAUAGACAAUACGUGAAGUCCAAUCUAAUUUUUGCUUUCUCAUUUCUCUAAUUUUUGAGAUAUUUGUCCCAAAAGUAAGUAACGAAUUAAUAAGGAAUGAAACCAAUAAAUAUGCUGACCGGAAUUGGGCAUCUAGAAGAUAUUUUUUCAUGCACAGUGAAAGUGCUAGUUAUAACUAGCAAAUGUCAAUUUCCAUUAGUUUCUAUUCAUGAAACUAACAAAACAUAACAUUUGAAUGCAUCAACUUUGGCCUUUUUACGUAUCGUAUAACAAAUCAAUUUUGCGUCACAAAACAAGUCAAAUAAUAUUUCCAUGUCAAUGUUUUUAGUACACCAUAUACAGAUUCAUAAGAGCGUCAUUCGCAAAGCUAUUCACAAGAAGACCCAUUAUCUCUAAUACUACCAUCAGUAACACUAAUUUUCUACUACCGCGCAUAUUUAGUAGACCUCCAUAAUGAUUUUCACAAAUGGCUUUCGAAUGGAUUGUAAUCUUCCUGUAACCCGCACAUUUUCAAACUGGUUUUCCACAGAUUCUUCGCCAGUUCUAGAUCAUUCGAUGUCUUCGAUGACCAGGUGGGCUUGCACUCGGCAUAGUAUCGUCCCGUUUCGUCGGCGCAAUUUUCGUGCGUCGCACAAUAAAUCGUCGUUUGGGCGCCUUGUUCGACCGAUUUGAAAAAAAACUUUUUCGAAAAAUCCAUGAAGACCCCUGACACGUGUUGCUGGAGAUUCGAAUUUAUCGCACCUGGAUGUAACGAGUAGACGUUUAUCCCUUGCACGUU